CAAAUUGGAACAAGUUUUCGCGUGUCGAUACAUUUUAUUUUGUUCAGCAUUAAAAAUGGGAUCGGAGGGUGCUAGCCAGGUAUUAAUGCCAAUUGAAGCUGAGGGAUGUGUAGAAUCUUUAAAACAGUUUACUAUAAAGGAUAUUGGGGGCCCAUUAUGGUCAGCACAACAUGAAGUGAUGGAGAGACUGAACAUGCAAGCUGUUAUAAAUGCCUCGGCUCAGGAAGAUGAAUUCAUUAAAGAUUUUCUCAUCUCUUGUGACAAGCUAACAUUACUGAUAUAUGAUCUACUGAUGACAGAGGUAUGGAAGGAAAAGGUAUUUACAGAAAUUAUGGACACUGAAGGAUUUGAACCCAAAACAACCUUCCCUCUAUACAUGGCACUCUAUCAUGAAGCUACAGUGGCCAAUCUAUUGGAGACAACUUUAUUUUAUCGUGAAGUUUGUGAGGCAGCAGAAGAUUCCAUCCUUGACCUUGUUGAUUACUGUUAUCGUAAACUAACACAACUUAUAGCCAGAAGUGAAGAAAGUGGGGAGGAGAAAGAUCUUGAGUUAGACGCCACACAGUCUGUGUCUGCUAUGGCUAAUGCUUCUAACAUGGAGGAACUGGAAAAGCAGGACAGAAAGUUGAAUUUUGAGAUCUGUAUUAAAGCUGUAUCAAUGUUAAGAUAUAUUGUUGACCAUCUAGAGGGACUUCCUUUAAGUGUUAUGACAAGGAUAUUAAACACUCAUGAUGUACCUUUGUUACUGGUACAGCUUGUAGAAAACCCUCCAUGGAGCCAUAGAAAAGAUGGUAAGAAUUACAAAUAUAUAGAUGGUAAAUGGACACAGGUAGAUUUUGCAGACAGCCUGAAAAUCACCAAGAUAGAAGGACAGGUAUGGUUAUCCAUAUUCCAGUUACUAAUGUCACAAGCUUGUCAGCAGAAAUAUGAGUUAGAUACAUUCAGAAAAAAUACUAUACUUAAGUUACGAGCAUUUUUGACAGAGCCUAUGUUAGACCAGAUACCAAUGUUAGGGGAUAUGCAACGGUACCUUGAACAUUUGUCUAUGAUGGAACCACCACCACCAAAAAAUGAAAUUAUUCUAGAACAGGUUCCAGAAGUAAGGGAUAGAAUUCUGCAGGAAAAUGAGGGAAAAUGGAGAAAAAUUGCUAAGAAACAAAUGAAGUCUUUCUUUGAUCCUACUAGAAGUGAUCUGAAGAUGCAGGCUAAAAGAUGGGCAGAUACCUACAACUUUGAUGUGAUAGAGGGACUACUAUCAGAUCCACCUAAGUGUGCGAACUGUGGUUUAGAUGCCAGUAAAAGAUGUUCACGAUGUCAGAACGAGUGGUAUUGUCGACGAGAGUGUCAGGUAGCUAACUGGAACAAACACAAGAAGGCCUGUGAUCUGAUGUUUGACUCCCUGAAGAAGAUCAAAGAACAAGAGACAAAGUCUAACAGUUAAACCGUUGAAUAUUCCUCAAAUAUGACCUCCGGCCUCUACUUCAAGUAACAUUGGUGCAUCGAUGAACAUUGUUGAGAAGUUGUUUUAAAUGGAUAUCAGUUAUCCACCAUUUGUGGAAUUUUCUUUUGAGGAGUUACUUAUUGCAUGAUUUGUGAAGAUCAAUACAAAGUAGAUUUACCACAUGCCAUGUUUAAAAUAAAAAAACAACACAUUAAUGUCACAUGGGAGUUGAUAAUGUUAGGCAUUAAUGCAGUGUAUUUGUUGAUAUAAGAAUAUUUAAAAAACAUCAACAGUUGUUGAAGCAAUAUGAAUGACAUUGCCCUUAAAUAUUGUUACAAUAACAUCACUUGUAUUUAACAUAAAGGAACAUACAAAAUGAUCUCAAACUAAGGCCUGUUACUAGGGUGUUUUUAUACAAGAUCAAGUUUUGUUGUUUAAGUAAUAUUGCAUUAUAUAUUUUUAUAGAAAAUAAUCUGUAUUGAAGUAUAAACAUGUGUUGCCCUGAAUAGACAAGAUAAGAUACAUAGAAUCUGAUUGUAAAAUGAUAGAAUUCCGUCCAGUUUACAUUGCAAAAAAUUGAUCAUCUUCAAGUUUUCUUUCAUACAUUUAUCAUCAGCAGUCAGUUUCAUUUUGGGACACUUACAUCAUA